AUUUAGCGCACGUAACUUGCACGUAUCAAAUUGCAGGAAGGUAUAUUUGAAACAUGGCCACAAAGCGAGGCAUCCUGGAUGUGACAAUGAGGCUUGUUCAAGUGGUAAAUUUCCGAACAGUGAACACUUGGCCAUCAGCUCUUCUCGCACGACACACAGCAAGUGGUGUUUGUCUUUCACCACACUUCAGACAGACAAGGGUUGUUGCUCCACACACGUCUAUCACAUGGUCUGUAGCCAGAUGCUACUCCAAAAAAGCCAAGAAGGAAAAAAUUGGUAAACAUGGUCACAAGACUGUGGAGCUAACAUCCGAGGAGUUGGAAGGCGUAAUAGAUAUGAGUUCUCUACAGUCUGAGAUGAAACACGUGGUAGAAGAUCUUAAAGACACCUAUAUUCACCAGCUAGCACUGAGAACUACGUCAGGAGCGUUUGACUCGCUGGUUGUGAACACUGAUGAUGGACGGUUUCCUCUCAUUCAGCUCGGGCAGAUUGUCCAGAAAAACCCACAGCUCAUUCUCAUCAACAUGGCAGCAUCUCCACAGUAUCUUCCUGCUGUAAAAGAGGCAAUUUCAUCAUCAGGACUUAAUGUGAAUCCACAACAGGACGGAACUACCAUAUUUUUACCUAUACCAAAAGUGACAAAAGAACAUCGCGAAAAUCUAGCAAAGUCUGCCAAAAACCAGUGUGACAAAGCCAAGACCAAGCUUCGAGAUAUUGGCAACAAAUAUCAACGCAAGUUGAAAGGAUCAGCGGAGCAUUCAGAAGAUAUAAUAAGAAAUGUUAAAGAAAUGAUUUUAAACAGUGUCCACAAAUACAGCGAGGAGGCUGACAAAAUGAUGAACAUGAAACAACAGGAUCUACUGGGAGGAAGUAAAUGAGGCUUCUUAGAUGACAUCUGCAAAAACAAUAUACUAUGCCAUAUUAAUGCAAGCUUUAUUAAUCUUACAAAUACCACUGAUGCCUCCAUUUCUGUGUAAACUACAUGUAGUAGAUGGACUGUCGUAUGGAAGAUGUGACAGAACAGUGUGAGGGAUUCAGCUUUUCCCAUUGAAUAACUUGAGAAGAUGGACAGGGGUUGAAAUUCCAUUCAGUGGUUCCAGUAAUAAUCUAGUACAACCAUUGAUGUGUCUGCCAUGUCAUUUAUAAAUUGGAUAAACAUACUGUUAACAUUUGAAUAAUAUAUAUUUGAAGAUGUAUGCCACAAAUUGAAACAUUUUAACCUUUAAAAAAAACAUACAAUAAGCUAAUUAUUAUCAUUUAAUUGUAGUUGUCUUCUUGGGAUUUUUGGGCAGCUAUAGUUAUAAAAUAUAUUUGCCAAACUGAACUAUGGUUCCUCUAUGGUAACAUAGUAAACUGUUUUAUGAAUAUCAUAUCACAUACCUCAUUGCACACCUUUCUGGGGAGCUAUUGAACAUACAUGGGUUGCUGUCUUUCUCAAAGGCUAUGGUAUGUACUGUCCUGUCUUUGGGAAAGAUAAAAAAAAAACUGUGCUUUUUCUGUAGGAGUAGCCAGACUUGUAGUAGUAGGUUUCCUCUCUCAACUCUUCGAAAUAACCAUUUGUUGAUACCCAGCCAUAUUAUGUUGAUAGUCACAAUUUAAAAUGAGCUGGAGUGUCAUUAAAUAUGGCUGUCCUUUUAAUGACUUCUUUGUUGAUGUAGAGGUGGGAUCAGAUCUCGCUUAGUUGGUGGAAUACUCAUAUAUACGUACAUGUACAUGACUGGUAUAUCAAAGGCUGUGGUAUCUGCUGUCCUGUUUAUAGAAUAGUAUAUAUAAAAGAUCCUUGCUGUUAGUGGAAAAACAUGUAGCAGGUCUCCUCAGAAGACUGCAUAUGUCUAAUAGCUGAUGAUUAAUUAAUCAAUGUCUUCUCCUGGUGACAUUAAAUAAAACAAAUGUUGCUUUCACUUUUUGUUCAUGUCCUGACUGGCCUUGAUGGCAUAGUGCUUAAGUCGACAGCCUUACGGCUGGUAGGUGCAGGGUUCUGAUCCCAGUACCAGCUCCCACCCAGAGUGAAUUUUGAUUAGUGGUGUCUAGAUGAUCAGUUAUAAUCUAAAACCUUUAUCAGUUGAGUUUUAAUGAGGUGCCAAAAUCUGGAAGCAAUUUGUCAUGGAAAAUGUUUAGAUAGUGAAGUGCCACAACUGGUACGGUAUAUCAAAUGCUGUGGUGUGUGCUACUCUGUGGGAUGAUGCAUGUAAAAGAUCCCUUGAUACUACUAGGAAAAUGUAGCGGGUUUCCCUCUAAGACCGUCAAAAUUACCAAAUGUUUGACAUCCAAUAGCUGAUGAUUAAUAUCUCAAUAUGAUCUAAUGGUGUCAUUAAACAAAACAAACUUUAACUUUGUGAACUGCUGGAAUUUGAGUUUUCAUGCAAAUAUAAUGAUACUGAGCAUGUAUUAAAUGUAAAAUUAGCAAAAUGUAUAGACAAUAUCUCAUUGAGCAUGACCAUACAUGAGCAUAGAACUAAUAAAUCAAAUCCUUCGUAAGUUGAAGGCAGGACGUAGCCCAGUGGUAAAGCAUUCGCUUGAUGCGCGGUCGGUUUGGGGUCGAUGGACCCAUUGGGUUAUUUCUCGUUCCGGCCAGUGCUCCACAUCUGGUGUAACAAAGGUUGUG